CUGUGUUACUCAGUUGACAUUUGUGAAAAAUCUGCAUGUUGAGGAUUAUUGUAGAUAUUCUGUCAUAUUCACUGUUCAUUUGUUUAGCAUUCUAAGAAGCACUUACCAGGAGGUGCAGCAUGGCUUUCUUUGGACUUAAGUUUUUUGUUCUGGCUUUAUUUUACUUCUUUACUGUCUACAGCAGGCCGACAGGCGUCCACUUGCGUAACAUGGAAGGCUUUAUUCGAGCGGUGCAGCAAGUUGAACACUCCAACCCUGGUCUGCCCCCCCUGGCUCUGGUCAAGGCCCUGCGGAGGACUGCUGGCCAUGAUGACAUGAUGACCAUCCAUUUCUUGGGUGCUUCCAAUGAUCUCAGCGAUGCUGAGAUCCUAGAGACAGCCAUUCUCAAUGCCUCAUCCUUCAGUUUUUUUGACAAGGCCAUCCACCACAUUGUGACGGAUCACGGAGAAGAACGCGGGGUGGUUCUGGCAGAAGAUGGAACCACAGUGGCGCUUGCACCCUUAUUAAUAGGACUUGAAUCAGGACUAAAAGCUAAGAUGGAGGGGACAGCACCAGCUGGGAUCUUCCCUCUCACCCUAGGCAGGACACUGGGCCUGUCGUUUCUCAGUCUCCAGGACUUCCCACCAGCUCAUCGUCUGGGGCCUAACGGGUGCUGGGACAGCGUGGAGCACCCCAGGAUUUUCAAGCUGUCUCAGCCUGCCACUCUAGCCACAGAUGCCAUGAUCAAUGGUGGCAUGGAUGGCCUUAUCCUGGGCAUGGAUCUCAGCAAUUUAAGUGCAUCUGAACAGCCACGGGCCCUCAGUGAGACUUUAAGAGGGUACUACAGUUUUAAUCUGAGUGAGGUACAGGGCAUGGAUUCUGUGACCAGUCACAUUAGUCCAAGGAGAAGGGAACUCUCUAGAUCCAUUCUAGAGUCUUUUGAUCUUCACAGCCAGGUGAUGGAGACACUAGCCUUGGUCUGGAAGCUGGAGAAGACAGAAUGGAUUUCUAUGGACGCUGGAGUGGGGAAGGCGGUGAAGGAUGGAUUGGAGACAUUUGUGAAGAAGUACUGCGACUGCCCUCAAAUCAUCCCUCGCUGUCAGUGGGGGGCAAAGCCCCACCAGGGAACAACUAUUCCACUGUCUCUUCCUCUCCAAUAUCUGUACAUUCACCACACCUAUGAGCCAUCAUCACCCUGUUUAUCCUUCCCAAGCUGUUCUCGUGACAUGAGGGCCAUGCAGCGUUUCCACCAGGAGGACCGUGGUUGGAGUGACAUCGGAUACAGCUUUGUGGUCGGGUCUGACGGCUACGUUUAUGAGGGUAGAGGUUGGCACCACCUCGGCACACACACCAGGGGACACAAUGACGUCGGGUAUGGUGUGUCAAUCAUUGGUAACUACACUACCACCCUGCCCUCUCGCUAUGCCAUGGACCUGCUACGUCAUCGUCUAGUCCAAUGUGCUGUACAUGGAGGAGGACUGGCUACCAAUUUCACCAUCCACGGCCACAGACAGGUGGUGAACUACACCGCCUGCCCUGGAGAUGCCUUCUUUUCAGAAAUAAGAACCUGGGAGCAUUUCAGGGAAUGACAGGACAUCGGCUGCCAGUCUGGGAUUCUGUCAUUAAAGGUUGCUCAGGGAAGCCAAUUUGCCAAAGAGAUCAGAAUAAAGAGACAGUCUAACAGUAUCUGAUGUGACUGCUUCUUAAAAAUGUCA